AUGCUGCCCAUUGUAUGUGGAACAAACAGACUUGGAAAGACAAAAUCUUCAAAAGCCGCACUAAGUCUUGUAGGAAAUGGAUCAAACUUCUUUUCAGCAGUAAGGCAAAGAUUCAUCCCCAGGCUAUGCAGCAGAUCAACUUUGCCUCCCGUGCUCGACGACGUUAAGAGCCCCACAGUUAUUGAAAAUGUUGCGGUCUCUUUCUACAACAGUGGCAAAGACGGGACAUGUGUUUUCGAAGCAGCUCCUCGAACGAUUCCGAUGUUCACAGUCAAUUGGGACACUUUAGAGGGAUUGAACAAUGACCCCAGAGUACUUGGAAGGCUUGUCCUAAUUCCCUUUCAAGAAGGAACAAGAAGUCCUCUCGGAAUCGAGAAUCAACAGAACGCAGAAUUCCAAAACAAUGCAAUAAUGGAAAGAGGGUCUAGUGCUUUUGGGACCAUGGUGGCAAUUAGCAGAUCUGUUGAAUACCUCUGCAUAACGAGAACUAAUGAGCUCUGUCAACAAUUUACCAUUGAAGCACCGAACAUCGACGACCGCUGUUUAAGAAAUCAUGCACUUUUGGUUGCAUUUGCUGAGAAGGUAAUACGGCUGGCAAAUAUUGAUGAUCUCUAUCCAAGCAAUGCCAUCGCUUUUUUCAAACAAACAAUCCUGCCAGUGUGGAUGAAGCGAUUCCAGACCAACCAAGCGCAAGUGUCUCAUGCAAUGCUUCAAACAGAACAGCCAAUUAUUGUGGACUUAAUAAUUAAGUCAAUAGAGCACAAAAUAUCUUGCAAAAACUUACUCACUUGCGUGAAUCCAAAGUGA